AGAAUUUUAAAAUAUAUGCUGACCGUAUCCCUACACCCGUAGCUUUCAAUAUAUAUUAUAAUUCUCUUUUAGCGUAGCUGUGACCGUAUCCAAUAUGCUUUCUGUAGUACUGUAUAAUGAAGGCAUGUUAUUACUAUUGCAUACUCUUUCACAUCAAUAUAUUAUAAUAUUUUCCAUAUAUUAUAUUAUAAUUCUCAUUGUAUGUACCUCUUUCAUCUCUAUGUUCUUUUCCAUAUUCUUUCAAAUACUUAUGUGACAAAAAUAUAAAAUGUCUAAUGUAAAACUUUUUCAUUGUAAACAAAGACAGUAAAAAUCGUUUUCUGAAGCUAUUUUCGUAACUACAAUAAAUUGCAAUUCUUAGUAAUAUUAGAUUUCAUAAUCAUGACGGAGACAUCGGUGGAGGCGCGCGUGAGUGAGGCGCGGCCCACGCCCGCAGACCUCGUGAUGUUCAUACCGUACGCCUGCGUGCAACUGCAGGCGCCUUUCAGCGUCUCCGUGCUCAAAAUCGUGCAAGACGAGUACGUCAGCAAGACUGAAGAGAAAAGCAAGAAAUCUGCGAAGGGCAAGUCUGCCAUAUCGCACCAAACGUCACAUGCGCAGCACGACUCUCAGGAGAAAGAAGACGAGUCGAUGACAACAGGGGGCGCGCUGUUCGGCGAUCCCAACGAGGUAGUAGUGACAGUGGUGUUCGACCUGGGUGGCCGCCUUGUCGAGCUACAGUUCAAUAAGACUCCUGCCGUACCGCGCUUGCUCAUCAAGAUCAUCGCGCUCUGCAUACCCUAUCAGACAUGUCUGAGCCGGAUCACCAUGCGCUGGGUGCCGCUCAAAGGUGAGAUCAUCUACGAGAUGGCCAAGUUCCUGCCGCAGUCACACGUCACCGAGGUAUUACUAGAGAACACUCACGUCCCGCAGCACAACUACUACCAGCUGUUCGAGUUUGCGCAUCUAAGGCGCGUCUCCCUCAUCCGCUGCGCGCUUACCGACGACGACUGCGUUUGCAUCGCCGUCAAGCUAGUGCACCCUCAACCGGCCUCCAAGACUUUAACCUUACUGUCUCUUGCAUCCAAUCAAAUAUCCGACAAAGGAGCAUGCGCGCUCGCAGAAGCUUUACGAAGUAAUCGAAUGCUACAAUAUUUAAAUCUCAGUGGAAACAGAAUAAACGACGACGGCGCGACGAGCAUUCUGCAGAGUCUCAUGCAGUUUGCGUUGACGUACGACGAACUGCUGACGAAGCGGGAGCGCAUGAUGGAGCAUAUGCGGUUGAAGCAAGAAGUUUUCCAGAGAUUCGUGAGAGAACUGUCGGCGGCGAUGAAAGAGAAGUCUCCUGAUGAUGGCAGCCGAAGUGUUAGGAGGAAAACGGCUACUGGGCGUUCGAAGAAAACAAGCACCACGUGUAUCCCUCUGGGCGUAUAUCACACGAGCAUCAUGGACGCGAUCACGAUGAAGGCGGACACGAUGGCCAGCGAGCUGGUGGGCACGCUGUCCGACCCGUUCAACGUCGACGAGACCGACACCAGGGACCGGCAGGUGUUCUCGUUGGGAAACACUGUGCUCUGCUACUUGAACCUUUCGUUUAACAACUUGGGCUACGAGACAGUGGCAGCGUUGGUGCGCGUGCUAUCUUACCAGCAGAGGACGGUGCGCAAAUCGGGCCCAGGAAUACUGCGCAUCGUCAUCGAGGGCAACAGGAUGCCAGCCAGCUGCAGUGAGUACUCCAUAAUCGACGAGCUGUUGGAGCAGGCUAUGGCGGCGCGUAUGUCGAAGCCGCCGCGUCGUGUGGAGCGCGGCAAGUCGCGGAUUAAGUAAUUUAAAACAUGAUAAUAUUAUGUUGACUUGAAAGGGAAGGGAUUAAAAUAUUGUUAUUUACUGUUAUAAUAUCGCCUAUUGAUAUA